AUGAGCAAAACUGAUGGCUCAGAAGAGGCGUGCAUUUCCGCUGCCCUGCACCCCCCGUGCGGGCCGUCCACGUGGAAGAUCCUGAGGUCGCCGCAUCCGCCGGGGCUGGUGGAGGCUGAGCUCGCAGCUGUCCUUGGUCGUGGGGUCGUUGGCCCUCAGGCCGCAGCAAUCAUGGUGAAUAUAGUUCAGAUUGUGCGUGAUCACUGGGUACAUAUAUUUGUCCCUGUGGGAUUUGUCUUUGGAUGUUAUCUGGACAGAAGGAAUGAUGAAAAGCUAACUGCCUUCCGGAACAAGAGUAUGCUAUAUAAAAGGGAAUUGAGACCUAAUGAAGAAGUUACCUGGAAAUAAAGACUGGCUAAAUUACAGAAUAUUCGUGUUUUAAAAUUAUGGAAAAAAUAAAAACAUGUUUGUUAUUUAA